AGCCGUGAUGGAUAGCUAGUGUUCCCAACCAUGUUUGAACCCGCGCUGGCAAGGGAUUUCCCGCAGUGUGCUGGCGGUGCGGCUGUGUCUGGGAAGACGGGUUAUUCUGUGGUAGGGCGAGGAGAACAUGACUUCCACGCACAGCUUCCAGGGGUUGGAUUCCGAAUCCAAGCCGAGCUCAAGAGUAUUAAAACCCCCUGGAGGUGGUUCAAGCUGUAUUUUCAGUGGUUCAGAUGAAACCCCCGCUCCCAGCAGGUCGCACAAGAUGGCUUCCAAUAUAUUUGGUUCACAGGCCGAGCCUGAGAAUAUGUCGAAGAGAUCCAAUCCUCCAGGUGGAAAACCCAGUGGUAUAUUCCAGGAACCAGACCCUGUGCAAGCGGCGUCUCGAGUAAACCCGCCAGGGGGAAAGGGCAGUAAUAUCUUUGGGGAAGCAAAACUUACAACAAGCCCUAAAGCCCAUCCCAACAAACCCAAGGAUAACAUCAAUAUAUUUGAAACUGACGCUUCAAAGGGCAGCACCCCAGUAAAAGCUGCGCCCUCACCUGCAAAACCUCAGGAACAGAAGAUACCUGUUGCCAAGGAAGAGAAAGUCGUGGUUCCCGACCCAGCUCUGGCUGCUCAUGAGCCCCACUUAGGCCCUCGACCGCGGUCUCAUAACAGAGUGCUGAAUCCCCCCGGGGGCAAGUCCAGUGUCACCUUUUAUUAACAUCUCUAUUCAUUGUAGCUUAAAGACAUUCUCUUUUAGCACGAGUAGAUGACAGACAGGCCUGCUACAUGUUAUUUGCAGGCCUCUUUCUCAUCUAUGGAGAUUAUCGCUGCAUUAUCACUUGGCGCUAAAUUAAACUCUGUUGAGUAAAAACAAAACAUUACAAUGCAGUUUAUAUUGGAAGUAAAACUGGAUUCUUUCUGAACUUUCAUUUUCCUCCUGUACAAACUUAAUCAUAGGGUUAAAAAUAAUGUUCUCAGUCUAUGGUUGUUUUCAUGUUGCUUUUUGAGUAUGGUUAUAAUGCCAGUCCUAGUAGCAGUGUGUGUGUGUAGGGACACUGAGAUACUUCCUAGUGCUCCUUACAAUUUAUAUAAAUAAAUAGAGAGGGAUAUAUGAAUCUAUACACUUAUAUAGCUUAGACUUUGAGCCAAGGUGAAAAUGUCGGGGGAAUUAUUCCUAAAUAAUUGAUUAUUAUGCCCAAAUAAAACAGGGCGUUUUUCCUGUUUCCCAGGGCAACCAUAAGGGGGUACAGAAGUGUAGGGGACCCCCAUCAUUGCCAAAUCCUGGAAACCAAUGUUUUUGUGCUGUUACAUGAUGCCCCAAAUGUUAUAUUGUACAGAGCCUGAGAGGAAAAUUGGGUUCUGGUUAAUGCCCUGUACCUUUCCAGUUAAAUUAUCUUAUCAGCCAUAAAACGCAGGCCUGUGGGAUGGAUACCCAGCCUGAUGUCCCCUUGCAAUCUAAUUUUUCAUAGUGAUUAAGACUGGAUUCUUUCCCAUCAAAAGCCUUAGUUUUCCUUGCAGUUGCAUAGCCUAAGAAGUGCUUUUAUUUUACUUUAAAUGGCCCCUAAUGAAUGUACAGAAGUGUGUCUUUUGGGGGGGGGGGGGAUUGGGGUCACAGCCUUUGCUUGGCUAAACAAACUGGAAUGUAACAGUUUAAAUAUGGGGGAAGGGGUGUUUCCUGUUGAAAUAUAAACCCUUGCAGGCUUGCCGCAGUAAGAGACAUUAUGUCCCAGAUGGAACCAAAAGCCCAGUAGCGCUCAUUGCAUUGGUGCCGGAGAUUAGAUUGUGUCAGUCUGUUGUGAGCAGUACAUACAGUCUGGGUUCAGGCUUCAUACUGUUGCUCUUUCACUUGUUUGGGUUUCUUAGUAUGUUUGUUGAGAUAAUUGGACCUUUUUUUGUAUGAUGAUGAUAAUGCAUGGCUGAAAUUUUCAGCUUGAUAUAGAGAAGCAUUUAGCUUAGCCUUUAUAGAAUCUAUGGAACACUAUGGGAUAAGGAACAGUGCUGUAUGCUUAGGCCAGGUGUUUAUGCUUAAUGGCCAACUGCAUCGCUGCUGUAUGCGGAAUAGUCUGUUAGAUAAUGUCCUAUUCGCCUUUGGGUAUAACGAUAUACAAUAGGGUGAGACUAGGAUGGUCAUUCUCUAAGACAGUGAUCCCCAACCAGUGGCUCAGGGGCAACAUGUUGCUCACCAACCCCUUGGAUGUUGCUCUCAGUGCCCCCAAACCAGGUAGUUAUUUUUUAAUUCCUGACUUGGGGGCAGGUUUUGGUUGAAUAAAAACAAGAUUUACUAUUAAAUAAAGCCCCUGUAAGCUGAUAGUGUGCAUAGAGGUUGCCUAAUAGCCAAUCUUAGCCCUUUUUGGCUCCUCCGUGUACUUUUAUGAUGCUUGUGUUGCUCUCCAAGUCUUUUUACAUUUGUCUGUGGCUCAUGAGUAAGAAAGGUUGGGGAUCCCUGCUCUAAGAUGUUCAUUCACUUUGUGUAUAGUCUUGUAAUUUGAUACUGGUUACAUAUUAAAUGGGUCAAACAUAUGUUACUUUAAGUAUUUAAGCCAUUUAUCCAUGGAAUUGUUUCAUUUUAGGGGACUUCCUGUACCUAUAUUAAAUUUUGAUUAUAAAUCCAGUUUUAUCCAAGAAUGCAACCUCUCCAUCUGUAGUGCCAUAACUUUUACUGCAUGGUAAGCUACUCUGAGGGUAAUGGCAAACAAUGGGUGCAUACCGGGACUGGAAUUCCAAAUAGGCCCUGGCAUUUCAAGUACAGAGAGGCCCAAACAGCCCCCCACCAGCCCAAUAAAUAGUGACUGACUAUGGCAUCUUACAGCAGCCCCCCACAGAACCCACAGAUUGCCAGUUCAGCACUGAAUGUGUGAUUUUCAAGCAUAUCGAAAUUGCCCCCAUCCAAAGUCAAUGGAGAAUGGUUGUGCCUGGGAAUAGAAAGGACCCAGUGGUUGCCAGCUAUUCCCCUUGAGCUUGCAUGGGGGGUGAUUCUGACCAUUUUCUCUCCCCCAGUCUGCCAUUAGCCCAAGAGUUUUUACUUUUUUUAUACUGUCAAUAUUUGAACCAUUUCACAUAACUUUACAUACAAAGUAAUUAUUUUAUCACAUGGGUGGGGUUGGGUCAUACAGCCGGUGCAACUGUUUCCUGAUGGGAAAAAUAGGGGAAUGGAUAACUGUUGAAAUUAAGGUGCAUAACAUGGCGUAAUGAAGGAAAGCUGAUAGGGGAUGUCAGUCCCUUGUAAACUGAAUGUAAAUCUAAACUGCUGUUCUAAUAAGUUUUGUCUUUGUAUUGUUUCUCCCAACAACUUUCUCUGUUUAGCCCAUUCACUUCCAUGACACACACAUGGAGAAUCAAUGGCGCUGCACCAUGGUACUUUCAUGCUGAUGCCAUAGAUUGUAUGAUCUUCCGCACUAGAAGGGCAUUAAAGCUAAAGUACCUGUUGCUGUCACAUGAAUGUGUUUGUAGUUUAAAGGUCCUUUAUUUGGAAAGCCCAGGUGAUCCAGACCUGUACUAAAUGCAACGGACAUCUUGCUUUACCAAUCUGGUAAAUCAUUCCUGUGGUUGUAUGAUAUAACACUUUUUGUGUGGGUACAGGGUGAAUUUUAGCUGUAGUUUUUCCUACUCGGGAGGGGGUGGGGGCUAAGUAAAAACUGUAGAGGCUGUCGCUCUGUUUUUAUUGUGCUGCAGCAGGGCAUCACAUUGUUGAACUGCUUAGUGCAUGUUAAGAGAAGGAAAGGUAGAAGCAUUUGCUAAAAUGGCAGGCAUGCUCUAGUGGCUUACUUCCUACACCAGGCUGGUGCUCCUUUCUGUCCCAGGGCACCUCCCGUGAGCACCACACAGCCAUUCUUGUUGUCAGGGGUGGCACUCACAAGUGAAAUACCCCAGGCAGGUGCAUUUACAAAAGAGGAGCUCUUGACUGGGGUGACUACAAUCACUAGAGGUGCCUGACAACUUAAUAUUCCUAGUGAUUCUACCUUUCCUUCUUUAAGUAAAUGAGGCAUUACAUUCAUUAUAAGAGCAAUGGUGUCAUGCGAAAAUGGCCUUCCUGCUCCAGAUAAACAGGAAUAGAUCCUGCUUGGUUUUUUCGCAUCGGGCUCAGAAUCCAUAUUUUCCUCACCCAUGGGGCACUUGAAAUGUGACUGACCCUGAUGCUCCACUUCCAGUCACUGGGGUGCAACCUUUGCUAACAGGAUCCCUGAGUAUUUGUUUGCAUCUUCCCUGUUUUACUUACAGAAAUCCUUUCUCAGUAUAGUGAAUAAGAACUUUUGGGACAGAAGUGAAUGGGUAAAAAGCCUGGGGGUCAGGGGGAGAUGUUACCUCUUUUAUCUGCUAUGCCAAAUACCCCCUGCGUGUGUGUUGCUGGCACACCCCCUUGGCUGCCCGGAGCCUGCAGGCAAAUAAGGUUUUUUAUAUGCACUUUCUAUGAUCAUCCAAUGUAUGUACCGGUUCCCUUCUGUGCUCCCUCGGAGGCCUUAGACCCAUGAUCAUGGCAUGCAAAGUGCAUAUAGCGAAUGUAUGGGUCACGAGUCAUCCGUGUAGCUGCAAUUCUCAUUGUCCCUCCUGCCUUUAUUAAACUGAUGCAUUUUUACUGUUAUCACACUGCACCUCUGAAUAAACAAUGUAUUUUGGUUAAUCA